AUGGUAAAAUCACUUAUUUUUAUGAUGGCUUUAGUUUUGGCCGUAGUCCUUGUUACAGUUACAGGAUUGCCAACACCAGAUGAAGAGCGCUAUUUUGACAAAGAGUUUAAUCGUGACUUGAUCAAUUGGCUUUCAUCUAUUCAUUAUGCCCAGUCGUUAAAUAAUCCCUGCAGAUACUACGGUGACAACAGUUUAACAGCUCCAAUGCCAAAACGCAACUCAGAGCUGAUUAAUUCGCUUUUAAGUCUACCAAAGAAUAUGAACGAUGCUGGCAAAUAAUUCUUCUGAUAUAUUACUAUUGUUCCAUGAGCGCUCUUGUUAUUCGACUCAGCUGUCGAGAGUAAUGUACAUUAUCCCUAACUACUAAAUAUUUAAUUAUACUUAUUGUAUGUAGAUGCAAAAUAUCAAUUAGUUUUUAUGUAUUUUGGUUUUGAUUUUAACAAACAUGUUCAAUAAAAAUGCAUUCACACUGUAAA